GUGUAUUGCACAGGAAACGUGAACGAGACCCACAGAAGUGACGUAUGACUGUCUUUCUUUGAAGUAUUAAAACACAUUCGGAAGUUUCUCGACACGCAAACUGAUCGCGUUUCACGCGGCGCGUCUGUAAGUGCUGUUCAGUCAGAUAGCGUGAAGCUUCCAGUAAAUAACGAGCACAGUUCAGCACGUGCGUGUGCGUCGAGUCGGUCGAGCAUCAGUGUUUGAGCAGGUUCACGCUAAUUUACCACAUUUCAUACAGUCACGUUUGAUGAUGGUUGUGUUAAAAAGUCAGAGUCCACCCAGCGAGGGCAUCAGACUCCAGCAGGCCGAGACCUCUGCGGUUUUGGACGGCAAGCGACUCGGCUCGGGAACACUGUUCGUGACUGAGACGCGUUUGUCGUGGUUUGAUGGCUCAUGUAUGGGGUUCUCCCUCGAAUAUCCCUCCAUCAGUCUACACGCUAUCUCACGAGACCUCGGAGCAUUCCCAGAAGAGCAUCUAUACGUGAUGGUCAAUGCAAAACUGGACGCCGAUGACGGCGAAACCGAGAUGAAGGAUAAAGCUCCAGAAGACCCAGGAGAAGAUGAAGAUGAGAGUGACGGUGGCAGUGAAGAUUCAGAAACUAUCACAGAGAUUCGCUUUGUGCCCAGUGACAAAGCCGCACUGGAGCCCAUGUUCUCGGCCAUGUGUGACUGUCAGGCCUUGCAUCCCGACCCUGAGGACGCUGAUACAGAUGAUGAUGACUAUGAAGGAGAGGAGUAUGAUGUAGAGGAGGCGGAACAAGAGCAGGCACAGAGAGAUGUGCCCACGUUUUACACCUAUGAGGAGGGUCUGUCUCACCUGACGGCAGAGGGUCAGGCCACACUCGACCGAUUGGAGGGGAUGUUGGCUCAGUCAGUCGCCCAGCAGUUUCACAUGGCUGGAGUCAGGACGGACCAAGCCUCAGCUGAGUUUGAAGAUGGUAUGGAGGUCGACUCCAAUACAGUUGCCGGACAGUUUGAGGAUGCUGAUGUGGAACACUGCUUUCAAACCUCUCUUGUCAUUGGUCAGACAAACAAAUAGUCCCACCCAAAACUGAUGUCAUUGGUUAAGCCAAAGUCAUCGUACAAAGAACCAUGUUUUAUUAAAGCCCUACCAUUUGCAGUUUAAUGAAAUGAUGAACAUAAACAUUGAUGAUGUCAGACAGGCUGAUUUGUAGUCUGUAUGUGUGGAUACAUAUUACGAGAUUAAGAAUCCUGUGUAAAAAUGUCUUCUUUUGUCUGUUUUAAAAUGCAUAAUCUGGACUCCUUCAUGACUCUGAAUUCUGUGCGCU